AUGAUUUGCUCUGGGAAAAGACCUUUCACCAGAGUGGUGAUAAUUGGAGGCGGCUUUUCCGGUUUGACCAUGGCAUGUCAGCUUCAAACCAAGCUCAACUGCGAUGACUAUGUUAUCUACGACAGGGAAUCAGCCCCUGGCGGUGCCUGGUGGGCAAACAAAUACCCAGGAUGUGCUGUCGAUAUUCCUGCUGCAUUUUAUAGUCUUUCCUUUGCCCCCAAUCCGGAGUUCUCCAAGGCCUUCCCCCCACAAUCUGAAAUUUUGCAAUAUUUCAACGGCGUUGCAGAGAGGUACGGUGUUUCCCGGCAUAUCGUCCCAAAUACGGAAUGGGAAGGGGCUUCUUGGCAGGAGCUCACCAACACCUGGUUGGUAAAGAUGAAGGACAUCCCUACCGGUGAGACCUUCUAUCAAGAAUGUCAGAUUCUCGUGUCUGCUGUUGGGGGCUUGGUCAAUCCGAAUACGUUAAAUGUUCCCGGUAUCGACAUAUUCGAAGGUGAUAUUGUUCACACUGCAAGAUGGAAGUCGGAGACUUCCUUACGUCAGAAGAAUGUUGUUGUUGUGGGUAAUGGAUGCUCGGCAGCACAAUUGGUCCCAGCCAUUGCUGAUGAAGCCAAGAGUAUAUCUCAAUUUAUUCGGACCCCUCAACACUACCUGGAAAACGACAAUAUGCAUGUCAAUGAGACUUGGAGGCGAAUUUUCCGCCAUGUACCCGGUGCUCUGUGGAUACUUCGAAUCAUUGUCUUCCUUUACCUCGAAAGCACAUCCGUCCGGUUUGGCAUGGACCAGAACGGUGUUAAGGCUAGAAAUCAAUCUCUCAAGAGCAGCGAGGCAUACAUCAAACAAACUGCACCAGAGAAAUACUGGCCCCUCUUGAUUCCAACAUAUGAACUUGGAUGCAAGCGACGGGUAUUUGACAAUUCCAAAUAUAUCGGUCAUCUUCAAAGAAGCAAUAUUCACCUUACGGAUGACCCAAUUGUUGCUCUUCGAUCUAAUUCAAUUCUGACAAAGUCUGGCCAAGAGUAUCCCGCAGAUGUCAUUCUCCUCGCCACCGGAUUUUCUUUAACACAGUACGACGUGGAAAUCGAAGGUCGCAACGGCCGUACUCGAAAUGACCACUGGAACGAGUAUGGAUACAAAGAGGCAUACAAAUCAAUUGCGAUGUCUGGGUUUCCCAACUUCUUCUAUGUUUUGGGUCCGAAUUCCGGCAAAGGUCAUACUUCUACCAUUUACUCUAUUGAGAAUUAUGUCGACUUGAUAGCUCAAGUGAUCACGCCUGUCAUCAAGGAUUAUUCCACAUUUGUGGAGGUCAAGGCGGAUCGAGAGAAACUUUACAACGAAAGACUGCACGGAUCUCUCGCCAAGACAAUCUUCAACAAUUCAUGUGGCAGCUACUUCAUUGAUCAGAAGACCAAAAAGAACUGGUUUAUUUAUCCGUGGAGCUCCUUUGACAUGUGGUAUUCAACACACUGGGGCAGCAAAGAUGACUGGGUAUAUGAUGUAAGACGCCAAAAGUACCAUCAG